AUGAGUCCUCAAGGAAUCACCCGCAAGAGACCGGCGCCUGGCACAUCCCCCAUCGUCCAUCCGCAACUGGGGCCGCUCUCGAACUACCCUCAGAAUCCGGGCAAUCAGUUGUCCAACGACCAGUUUCUGCAAUGGGGCCAGAAUUCUUCCUCCAACGUGUCCAGCCCCUCCUUCGCUGAUACCAACCCUUACAGUGCCGCGGCUUACACCUCCAGCCCGGAUGUCCCUGCUUCCACAGUCACUGCCCCCGGGCAGCUCGCGCGUCGACAGACCCCAACUCAACUGGUGAACCGCGGUCGCGGAUAUGAACAGACCCCGUCGUUUUCCGACCACGGUAGUGGAAAUGGGGAGUCCGGGGGGUGGGGGGAGAGUCUAGAGGACCUCUACAAGCGCGCAAUUGUUGCGAAGAGAGAGGCGCAGGCCAAACGGAAACAGAUCCCUCCAUUUGUACAAAAGCUGAGCAGCUUUCUAGAUGAGUCGAAGAACACCGAGCUGAUCCGAUGGUCCGAUGAUGGAAAUUCCUUCAUCGUCAUGGAUGAAGACGAAUUUGCAAAGACGCUCAUCCCGGAGCUGUUCAAACACAACAACUAUGCUUCUUUUGUACGCCAGCUGAACAUGUACGGCUUUCAUAAGAAGGUCGGACUCUCGGACAACUCGAUGCGUGCCAGCGAGCGCAAGAACAAGAGCCCAAGUGAAUACGCCAAUCCCUACUUCAAACGCGGCCAUCCUGACUUGCUGUGGCUGAUCCAAAAGCCCAAGAACACGGCCGGGCAGGGUAGCAAGUCUGGGAAGGGUAAUGUGCGCGUGAAGACUGAGGAUGUGGAUGACCAGGACAACGAUGAUUACGGCGAUGAUGGCGUGCCAUCGCGAGAUGACCGUGCGCGCAACCGCCAGUUGUCCCUGAUCACAGGAAGCGUGAUGCCCAAGGAUCAACUAGCAGGCGUGUAUCGCGAGUUGCAAGCCAUUCGCCAGCAACAGCAGAUCAUCUCCAACACCAUCAGCAAGCUACGACGAGAACACGAGCAACUCUAUGCGCAGGCCGCCAAUUUCCAGGAGCAGCACACGCGGCAUGAGAACUCCAUCAAUGCGAUCCUCACCUUCUUGGCGACUGUCUACAAUCGCAGCCUACAGGGACAGGAGGGACCGCAAAACCUGGCCAACUCGUUCGCUGGCGCCAUCUCCCAGGACCAAGGAAACGUGGUCGACAUGGAUGACUACACGCUGAGCGCCUUGGGUGCGUCCAACCUGAAUAGCCCUGGGGGACAACGGUCGAUAAAGAAACAGCCGCUGUUACUGAAAGCCCCUCCAGGGCCGGACCGGCAGAGUCGCGCGACGACAUUGUCACCGGCAGCCACUGCGUAUGACCGCUCGCAAUCGCGUGGCCAUGGUAGGCAACCGAGUGUGACGCAGCCGGGCCAUGUGGAGGAAGUGUUCGACACCAGCCCGCGACAGAAGGAAGCGGCGCCGGCGAACCAACAGUAUCCCCAGCGCGACAUCAUGUCGGUGAUUCAGAACACCAAUGCUCGCAACGGGAUGCCCACCACCUUUGCCGACUUCCCCAAUGUACUGUCCUCGCUUGAGACGUCGGGCGGGAAUUCGCCGCUCACGCCCAACCAGCGUGCCGAUAUGCUCCGGCUGAUGGCCAACGAAAGCAACCAUGGCGGUGCCAACACGCCUGUGUCUCAGAACAGCGCCCUGAUGACGCCCACGCCGCCGCCGAUGCCUCACAACUACUCGGGGCGGCUGGCCAACACGCGCGCGGAGAUCGACAACCUGGUGAAGAUGCAAGCCGAGCAAGACCGUUCCGUACAAAAUCUAACCAACCUGCUGCAACCAUUGAGCCCAACGGGCAACAUCCCUGGCAUUAGCGCUGAUGGCAGCGUCCCCCCUCCCCCACUAGACCUUGAUCAGAUCUUCAAUAACGACUAUUUCACGGACAUUGGUGACCUCGAGAAUAAUAAAGCUAGCUUAGAUUUUGGCGACUCGUCCAACUCGGUGCCCGUCACGACCUCGGCCGACCCGACAGUCACGACGGGUGCCGAGGAUGGCGUCAUCAAGGAUGCCAACGAGCUAUUUGACUUUGACCAUAUUCCCGCCGACGGCGAUCUCUUUGGCCAAACCAACACACAACCGUCGAACACGGGCUUCUACGGCGCCUUCGACGGGACUGGCUACGGGGGCAACGCGAUCGGCUCUGGAGUCGGCGCGGAUGCGCCGCUGCCCAUCGGCCACGACUCCAGUCGAAUCGAGGCCCUCCCGGACAGCGAGUCCACCAGCCCGGCCAACACGGUGGACGACGCUCUGCAGUAUGGCGGGGCCGAAGCUAACGAUUCCCAGGGCGGCAAGGGCAACGGCGGCGUGAAGCGGCGCAAGAAGGCGUGA